AUGACGAAACACCCAACUAUUAGAUGUGUUCCAUUGGAUAGUGUAGUUCGCGACUAUGGCGCCACUUUUUUCACCGAAGCAUUAGCUCGUUAUGUCGUUCGCACAAAUCAACCUGGCCUUUCUCCAGCGCAACUUGAACAAGAAGCUUCCCAUGUCAUCCUUCCCUUCCAGACUGUUGCCGCAUUCCAUAGGGUCAAGUUCCACGCAAUCAAUGCUCACAGAUAUCGUGAUUCAACCAUUACUGUGGAUUCAGUGCACUGUCAGCCACCACGAAAGGACAAAAGAAGGCAGAUAGUUCCUGUGUGCUUCGACACGGUUUUAGUUAACGAAGAUGGUGGUGGGACGACAGGUGUUGAUGGU